AAAUUGCUUCAUUUUAAGCAUUAUUGUCGUUGUUUGCAACAAUGCGUGAUAAUAAGCCAUUGCUUCAGAAAUAAUACUUGUUAAACACAUUUGUAUACAUGUUUUAACUGAUCAAUGCUACCUAAAUUAUUUAUAUAGCUUUACAACCAUGUCCAUUAUUCUUUCAUCCUGAUAUUUAAGAUUACAUUAAUGUUAGACAUUAAUUAGAAAUUAGACAACUCCAGUUGUUGAUGAGAACUGUGAUGAUCUAAUUGGUCUUAAUCACGUUCCUGUCACGUGACCCAGCUGUCGGGCCCUGCCAGUGUACAGUAGCGGCUGCAGGCAGAGGAAGAAGCAGCAGCAACAGAGGUAAGCACUCCACUGCUUAUUGAGGUUCUCCGGCUUUGUUGACGGCAGCUCUGACAUUACUUUUCCGUGGUGCCCACUGCGACACUGACAUGCUUGUAUCAUUAACAACUACGUGCUAACAUUGAAAACAACGUUGGCAUAAACACUCGGCUAACGUGCUAGCCGUAGCCAGUUAGCGACGAGUUGCCAGCGGCGGAUGGACAGAGCCAGUCUCCGCUGAUGGUGGUUCAGGUUCAGCUAGCUAGCUGCUCGGUUAGCCUCUUAGCUAUCACUGUCUGGCUGUUCUUUGUGGAGGAGACAACAACACAGGCUGCUGCAUUCACGAGCAUCUCGGCUGGCUAGAUCAGCGUCACUGCACAAAGAAGUUUCCAGCAGUCCUCCAUGGGAUCCCCGAGGCGGGUUGAAAAGGCAGAUUGGCUGACGUGAUGACGUUCCCGGGAGAAGCGGCUCUCCUGCGGGCUGACAGCUGAUGGAGUCCCCGCUCCUCCUCUCGCACACGGCCGGGGUCGUAUGAGGAGGACACGGAGCCCUGAAAUGACACACUGAAUUGGACAGAAACGUUAAUAACAUCAACUGGUUGAAGCGCUGGGAGGUGUUGGAGGGUAAUGGGUGCAUCUCCUGCUGAUGAGUUUACAAGACAACGAUAUUUUUUGGAUGUUUGUUUUUGAUUAGCUGACAUUCAGUGGAAUUUCAAAUAAGUUUCCGGUACUGUCAUCUUAUGCCUUGUCAUUGAAACAUCAUCAACAAGGUAGCUCACUGAUCUAACACAUCACAAUGACUUGAAUGAGUGCCUUUUGCAGCCCAUGAUAUCUUUAACCCAGCAUCGCUAAAGUCCACAGUUUUGUGACCUCAUUUAUACUUUUAGGGAAGUGUUCACUGGUCACCUCUUAAUCAGUAUUGCAAAUCACCGAGAUAGCCGAGAGAAAGCGCACGUAUUAUGCACCGUUGUCGCUGUCUCACAUCCAACACCGAACCAGUAACCUCAGGGGAGGAGAGGCGCUCAUAACGUUACCGACCCCACCCGAAAACCUCCCUCUGGGUAUUCUUUUUUCAAAUAUCCACGGGGUAGAAUACAGCUGCUAGCAUGUUCGCCGCCGUAGAGCAUGGCCCAGUCCUCUGCAGCGACUCCAACAUCCUGUGCCUGUCCUGGAAGGGCCGGGUGCCGAAGAGCGAGAAGGAGAAGCCAGUGUGCAGGAAGCGUUACUACGAGGAGGGCUGGCUCGCUACCGGGAACGGUCGAGGAGUGGUCGGGGUCACGUUUACGUCCAGCCACUGCAGACGGGACCGGCCCACCCCGCAGAGAGUCAACUUCAACCUCAGAGGACACAACAGCGAGGUGGUCUUGGUGCGGUGGAAUGAACCCUUCCAGAAACUGGCUACCUGUGACACAGAUGGAGGAAUCUUUGUCUGGAUCCAGUAUGAGGGCCGCUGGUCCGUGGAGCUGGUCAAUGACCGUGGAGCCCAGGUGAGUGACUUCACCUGGUCCCAUGAUGGCACCCAGGCUCUCAUCUCCUACCGCGAUGGCUUUGUCCUGGUGGGGUCAGUCAGCGGGCAGAGACACUGGUCCUCCGAGAUCAACCUGGAAAGCCAGAUUACCUGUGGGAUCUGGACCCCCGAUGACCAGCAGGUGUUGUUCGGUACUGCAGAUGGACAGGUGAUAGUGAUGGACUGCCAUGGGCGCAUGCUGGCCCACAUUCUGCUGCAUGAGUCGGAUGGCAUCGUCAGCAUGUCCUGGAACUAUCCCAGUUUCCUGGUGGAGGACAGCAGUGAGAGCGACACAGAUUCUGACGACUACUCUCCACUGCAAAGUAAACUGCUCGGGGUUUGAUUUCAAUUGACUGCUCUUUGUGGCUUGCUCAGACACACACACAGCGAAAAAUGCAAUUUACAUCAUGUCUACAGUAGACAACUGAAUAAUAUGAUGUAGGAUUAGACACUAAUAAAGGUUUACAUAGUAAGGAUGUACCAAUACCAAACAUCUAGUAGUCAAUACCAAUAUUAGUUAAUUCCACAAUUAUUGAUAACCAAUUUGAAACCACGUUAAAUAAAUGU